UUGGGAGCCCAGAAGAAAACAGAUUGCACAUCAAUGUUGUGAUCAAUUGACAGCUGUGAAAACAGGGUAUCCGCUGACCAGUAUCACAUGAAAGUAUCGCGGGCUCAGGUGUCGACCCAUCGAGGUGGAUUUUUUUGAAGUUAUCCGCUGACAGGUUACCUAGUUUUCAAAUGAUCGCAGGCUCAAGUUUGUUUUUUAAAAAAUUAUGUGAAAUAUGUCGUGUUUAUGUCACUAUGGCCCAGCACUAUUAAGAUUUUGAUUUCAAACUUACCUCGAACACGAAAAUUCAGCCAGUCUUUUCUUACCAUGGUCACGCGUUGGUCACGCUCUACGUCCAGUUUUUAUGCUCUAAUUGGUCAAAAUUUGACAGGUGAGUUCAUGCGGAAAAUUUAUGCAGACUCUUGAAACUUGUUUACUUUGACAGCUGAAGCUGACAGAGUUUUGUGUUUUUUAAUGCCUUUUUCCACUGGAUGCACAAAAUUAAAUACAGCUGCUAUCAAGAGUCUUCUCUUACUCAUGGCUGGUUUCUUUAUUGGGUUUUUGGCUAAGACAUGCGUCGCUUGUCAAAGUCGGAAAUCCGAUUUCGGAUGGCAAUUCGUUUUCGUUUUUCACCUUGCGUGAUACGUAAGGGGAGUUUAAAAGUCUCAAGCGAUUCCGGCCUUACUUGAUAGCUUUCAGGAGCUGCAUCUCGAAUGGUAAGCCUGAAUAAUUAUUGUAUCUGAUGUUUGUUUUUUUAUAUCUAACCUCAUGAAGUCGAGCACAGUUUAUACGGCAAGUUAAUUAUGCACGUUUGUAAGAUUUGAGACAACGAUCUGACCUAGUAUCAGGUUUGAUAUAAGCUUACAGAACUUUAAAAAGCCUUUAGAUACAUUUUCUCACCGCAAAUAGAAAGAAAACGUUCCGAAGAAUAUUUAGUUAUAAAUUUGCCUGUAGAAAGAAAACUUUGAGCGAUUUUCUUGCCUCGAGUUCAUCUUUGAAAAAAGCAAACACCGGGAAGCCGGCUUAAAACAUAAACUUAAAGACUCAGGAUUUUUAGAGACACUUUAAUGCUUGUCUUCGUGAAUGAAAAUUGCUGUCUCUUUAAAUGUUUCACCGAAUUAUAUUUCUUUUAUUGAUUGUUAGAAGUUUCUUUUGCAAAUUUUAAUCGCUUUGCCGUUUGUUUUCAGUCCGUUUCAUGAACAUCGCUUGCAGGAGUACUCGAAAUGUCGCGCGUAUCAAACGCUUUUCAAGAUUACACAUCGUUAUAAAAAAAAAAUUAACAUAAUAAAUUCGUUAUUAUGUUGAAGCGUAACUCUAUUAAUGUUCAUUCACACACUCGACCGCUUGUCAAAAGUGUGAACCGGCUGGCCGUAUAGGUGAUUUUGGAAAUUUUUUGAGCGGUUUCGCUAAAUGCCAAUGAUUGAUCGUCCUGAAUAUUGACUGAGUGCAAUUUGUCUUGAAAAACAGUGAAAUACUGCAUUCUGUCCGAGGUCUGUAUGAUAAAUACAGCGCCUCAUAGUACUGUUUCACCUUAGAUGUGAUGUAUAAAAAGUAUAAAAGGUUGGUUUACACACCUCCAGAUUUGUUGGCAAGAUUUUGUAAAGUAAACUUAUCGAACGCAAAAGAUUCGGCCUGAUUUGUUUUCCAGGCCUAAUCUACUGUGAUCAAGAGCCGUUAUCGCUCUUGAAUGUUAUCGAAGAUGAUUACUAUUUUUUGGGUGGUUCAUAUAAGUCAACUCCAUGUGAGAUGUUUCACUCUAAAAUCACUUAGCUUUUCCCUCAAAAGCCACAUGAAUGUGCCCUUUAAUUAACUCAUUUGUGGAUUUCAAGUUUAUUGUUUGAUUUAAAUAUAUAUUUAUUAAUGGGAGCUUCGCUUUUUAGCCCUGGCUAAAUCUAUAUAUUAUUUGAUAUUCUGUUAGGACGCUAUCAUCAGUCACACAUUGUCUAUUUCUUGCAGAUAGCUGCACUCACAUCAAGUCAGUUGGUAAGCCUGUAAUUCACAACUCUAGGUCUUAUACUCAAGGAGCAUGGAUGAAAGAUCCACUAGGAAUCAUGGGUCCUGAGACCAUAUUCGUUAUGGUGGGCUACGGCGGGAGAAAAGUGCUUGAAGAGUUUGAAAACAUGGAUACGUUCAAAACAGGCAUCGCUCGUAAGAAGUACGUACUGCCUUAUAACUGGGACGGAACAGGAGGAGUAGUGUAUGGACCUUACCUUUACUACAACAGGUAUAAAACUUUAUAUUUAAAUAAAAUGAAUAAUGAUUUGGAGGUAGCACAUCCACAAAGUGGUUCUUCGUCUACCGGCUUCCUGGUUUAACUGGAAUUUGGAAAUGCUGGUGUUUGAGGAGAGGGGAAAACCGGAGUACCCCGAGAAAAACCUCUCGGAGAAAAGGAGAGAACCAACAACAAACUCAACCCACAUAUGGCGUCGACGCCGGGAUUUGAACCCGGGCCACAUUGGUGGGAGGCGAGCGCUCUCAUCACGGCGCAAUCCGUUGCUCCUCGUUAUAAUACUCUUUAAAUCUUAUAGAGUAUGGCCAACGAAAAAACAAGGGUUUAAAAGAUAAUCAUUACUAAAAGGUCGCAUAUAUAUAAAAAAAUCAAUCAAAGGUGUCGUUUCAGACCUGCGUGGACCAUUUUUUUAAAACUUAAUUCCAGGGAGCUGAUAAUAAAAAUUUGGUGAUAUACCAGUUUACUGACGCAGUAUCUCAUAGUAGGGCAUCCUAGGGCUUCCUUAAUUGCAACUCAUGGCAUGAUGGCUACACAUGCACAGCUAUCAGGGACGGCGGAGCGUCUUUUGUAUUGGGGGACGGGGGGGGGGCGCUAACAAGCAAGCGCCAGCGACGCUAGCUUGUAGAGGGUUCUGGGGGAUUUCUCGGCCAGAAAAGUUUGAAAUCUUGAAGCUAGGAAAUGCUACUUUUAGCAUUCUCGACGAGAUAUCAAAAAAUAAAUAAAUAAAUAAACGUGGAUACAUAUAUAACUUACAUAUAUCCCAGGCUUACGUAUGUUCCGGCCUUAGUGCGUACACUAAAUUGUUUUAUUACAAACGCUCGACGUGUGUAGCAAGAGGGAGAAUGUUCAAAAUUAGUGGUGUAAAAUCACUUGUGUUACAUUAAGAUAGUAAUCUUGACAGAAUAUGACAAAUUUCAAGUAUAAAACAAAUUGCAAAUUUUUGACAAAUCGGAUUUUGACAAAUACGAUUUUCCUAACUCGUCCCUAGUCGUCUAUCGUUUUUAUUCACAAGCUGAGUAGUGAGAACACUAAAUGAGAAGAACUGAGUUGACAGGCUGAUUGAAGUCAAUUUCCUGGAACAAUGCAUGUACCGUAACAGAAAGGGAAAAUAACAACUUCAGUUGUAAAUUUGCCGACAUUCCUCUCACGAUUUUCGUUCAUGGAUACAAAUGAAUUUGCCGCAGAAGCAAAACAAAGCUUAUCAAAUCUAUCUUUAUGUGCGUUCAAAAUCGCGAGAUGGUUGAAAAGUGCUUACAACAUUCUUGAUCGAAGCCACGUCGGCUGUUGACGGCUGUUGAGAAGAACCUCUCCCCUGUUGCACUUGUCGCAGGAUUGACGUAAAUCAACUUGCAAACAACAAUGACGUGGUCCAUCAACUGUCGCUCGAUUGGCUGCAGAUCUUGGACCUCCCUCAAAACGUCCUGAAAGAACCGUAAAGGGACUCGCCGCAUGAGCACUUAAAUCUUACUUAAAUGUGUUUGUCUCAAUGUUUUGCUCAUUUUGUUUUGUUUUUCCUUCUGUUUGUUUUCUUUUUUAUGUUUUAUGGGUUUUUAAAUUAUUUGUAAUUUUUUAUUUAUUUUUAAAUUUUUAUUAUUUGCUUAAAAUUGGGAGGGCUAAAGCCCCUCCAGCUCUACCGGCUCCGCCGUCCCUGGCUAUAUUAAUCAUGGUAGAAACAUUCUCCACUGAUACUAACAAUUUGUUGUUAUGGCAGAGAGGCUACGAACUAUAUCGUAAAGUACAAUUUGCGUACUGAAGGUGUGGAAAAGCAGAUAAGCUUGUCGGGUUCAGCGAGGGUCACCUCUUACCAGUGGGGUGGCUACAGUCAAGUUGAUCUGGCGGUUGACGAACAAGGAUUGUGGGCCUUAUGGGGCUACAGUGGAAACAGCAACAAACUAAGAGCGCAAAUGAUAGAUGUACACAAAGGAUCCUUAACCCUCGCUUGGAACUUAAAUUCAGGUACUCGGCUUACGCCUUAUUAGAGCUCCUUAAGCUAAAUACAAAAUGUCAUGAAAUGUAAAGGGUUUCUGGAACUCGUUAGAUUCACCAUAAGUAAACUAAACCAUUGCUAUAACCUGUCAGUUAACAAACGGUCGUCAUCAUCCUUUCCUCAAUCAAAUGCGCAUCCAUUGUUUUUAAACUGAAUAUUAUUUAAUUUCGCAAACUUCGCAAUUUCGUUACUUAGUUGAAUGAGUUUUUAUACUAUAAGUGGGCAUAUACGUUUUUUUUUUUUUUAAUCUUACUCCGAGUUUCCAUUUAAUGUUAUUUUGCAGAAGUUAUGAACUCAAUGGGAAAUGCAUUUGUGGCCUGUGGAGUGGUUUACUGUAUCGACGACUAUCAUUCAGAGUCCACGACCAUCAACUUUGCUUACGACACCAAGACUGGAAAUCAAUGGAACCCCAAUAUUCAGUUCACCAAUCAGUUCGGCUACAACUCCAUGGUGGCCUAUAACCCCAGAGAAAGAGUGCUGUACGCCUGGGACAACCAGCGUUUGGUAACUUAUCCUAUCACUUUUAAGGAACGAUAGGUUAAUUCCUUGAUCUGCAGCUGAUGGGUUUGAAAAAAUGCUGAUAAGGGACGCUUUGCUAUUAUACUGUAUAAAGACGAUGAGAAAACGGGGAAGUUCACGGUAGAAAGCAAGUUUUACCAUGACUUAAGAAUCAAACAACAGCAAUGCCAAAUAAACUAACUUCAAUAUUUGACCGGACACUCACACUUCAAAACCUAACAAUUACACUAUCCUGUUUCUUAAUAAUAAAUACGUUCUGUCCUCUUCCAAACACCAAACGGGCCAACAUUGUAUAGUACAGUUGUUAUCGAAUAUCAGCCACUCAAAGUUCCAGAGGUGACCGGUCAUGAAGAGGCCUAUUUUCGUCCUUCUUCUUUUAUCGGUAGUCUAUUCGGUCUACGCGGGGUCUAAGGCUUACCGAGAAAUGGGUCAUGGGAUCAAACGCGCUUAUGGUGAUCUACCCUCAUUUUGUCAUUAAUUAAUAAACUGCUAUUAGCGCU